AGUAACUGAAGACGUGUCUGUCUCUGCAGAGCUGCUUCCGGUCCUGAGCAGACCUCCUCAGUCCCCCAGACACCACCCGUUUACCUCCAUCCACCCGGGCCAGCAGCCCCUCACCCCCGACGGAGCUCCGCCCCCCAGUCCUCACCAAUCCCCCUACUCCCCUCAGAGGAGCAGCCCCGGGGGGGAGGGGGGGAGAGGAGGAGGUGGAGGAGGUGGAGCUCUCCUCCAGCUCCUGGCCGGCGGCCCCAGCCCUCUGCUCCCCCGCUGCUCCAGCCUCACCCACAGCCUGAGGUUCAACUCUGACCCCGACACCGCACCGUCUCCACCCUGCAGCCAGCAGUACAUACAGUGUCGGGCUCGGGACCGGGCCGAGGUCUCAGAGGACCCUGAGUGUCCCUCGUCCAUCCCGUUCCUCACCAGACAGAUUCAGACCCUGAAGAAGAAGGUCCGCAGGUUUGAGGACCAGUUUGAGCAGGAGAUGAACUACAAGCCGUCCCACAACGAUAAAUACUCCAACCCAGAGAUGAUCCGAGUGAUGGGUGAACUGGCGAAGGCUCGCAGACAGCUCAAAGAGAUGAGACUCAGACAGUCGGUGUUUGAGUCGAAGGAUCCAGGCGGUCCUGAGAACUCCUGCAGGUCCAGCUCGGGCCAGCAGGGGGCGCCGGACCACAAGCCCACACUGGAGGAAACAGUGGAGUCUCUGUUCAGACGGCUGAGAGAGAAGAGGCAGGCUCUGGGCCUGCCAGACAACAUGAAGGAGAUGACUCAGGCUCAGAUGGUGCUGGAGAAGAUCACUCUGCAGAAAUGUCUGCUCUACUUUGAGAGUCUGCACGGCCGACCGGCAGUGAAGCAGGAGAAGAACCUGGUGAAGCCUCUGUACGACCGAUACCAGAUGAUCAAACGUUUACUUUGCACCAGCCCGACUAUCAGCACCAUAGAGGAAGAGGACGGUUCUGAUGAAGACUCAAUGAGCUCCUCGACAGUCGAGGAACCUCCGGUUCCGCCUCCUCGCAGAGCGACCAGACCCGCAGCCGGCGAGGAGGACAGCGACCGGGACAGCGACCCGGCCUUCGUGUCCCCGCUGGACGAAGUGAAGGCCGUCCACCAACAAGCUGCUGUCACCACGUCCAACCUGCACGAAGCCUCCAGGUCUCAGCUGCUGCAGUGUCUCCGAGAGACGAGGGCAGAGAAGAAGACGAGGCGUAAAGCUCUGAGAGAGUUUGAGGAUGAGUUUCACCGUCAGACUGGAAGAAUCUGCCAAAAAGAGGACCGCAGUCCGAUGAAGGAGGAGUACCAGGACUACAAACAGCUAAAGGCUAAACUCCGUCUGCUGGAAGUCCUCCUCAGCAAACAGGAAGUCACCAAAACCAUGUGA